CAGGUAUUACGUCUGAAGUUCAAGUUUCUCUUCAGUCUUUGUGGGCUCGCGUGCUCACCGCCUCGACUGGUUGUUCAAGAAAAAACCGGGACGCUUCGAAACCCAGGAAGAGCAUACCCAGACUCACCAUGUCGGCCAAAGACUCAAUGAGGCGCCACAAAACUGCACUUCAGGUUACUCUAUCUGCGGACCGCAGGCUCAUCCUGGACAAGGUUUACGCGAGAAAAUUGAUAACUCCUCGCGAGUACAACAAUCUUAAAAGCAUCAACAAGGAGAACGACGAGGGACACGUUAUAGAGCUCGUGGAUAAGCUGAUGAACAAAGGAGAAGGGGCCUGCCGGACCUUCCUGGAUCUCCUGCAAACCGAUGAGGACGUAAGGUCAACCUUCCCAGACCUGCAAAGCAUACAGCUGAAUGAUGGUUUACCACAGCCGGUCCAAGCCUCUUCGCCAUUCAGUGGUGGUCUGUAUGAGGACAACAAAAGGCCUAGGAUGGAUGAUGCUUAUCCGCUAAACAGCCGGCCUGUGGGCCUCUGUUUGAUCAUAAACAACGUGAAUUUCAUGGAAAGCCCUAUGAGAAAGGGGUCGGACAAAGACGCUGAAAGCCUGGCGCUGGUGUUCAGCUGGCUGGGCUUCAGAGUGCUUAUGUGUAAAGACCAAACCAAGGACCAGAUGGAAGAAACUCUGGCCGGCUUCGCCUCCCUGACUGAUAUCCUGCAGCCGCAUGGGCAGAGCCUUCAGGAGUGGUCAGGUGGCACGUUUACUGCUCCUCAGCAGCUCCUGGAGCACGGCGACGCCUUCAUCUGCUGCGUUCUGAGUCACGGGAGAAAGGGGGUUGUCCUGGGGGUUGACAAUGAUCCGCUGGAGAUCAAACAAAUCACAAGAACUUUCACACGGUCUGACCAGUCGUGCCUUACUGGCAAACCCAAAGUGUUCCUGAUACAGGCCUGCCAAGGAGGUGAGCUACAGCGGGGGGUGUUGCUGGACAAUCUGGAGCCGGACGACUCUGGUUCACAGUCCAACCCAGUGGAAGGAGAUGUUCUGGUUGCCAUAGCCACAGUUGAAGAUUAUGUGUCGUUUAGACACCGAACAAAUGGCAGCUGGUUUGUCCAAUCUGUGUGUCAGCAGCUGAAGGAGCGUUGCCCCAGGGGUGAGGACAUCAUUUCCAUUCUCCACCACGUGAAUAAUGACGUUGGGCAGAAAGAGGCAUGCAGAGUACCUGGUGAGGCCAAGCAGAUGCCUGAAGUGAGGUUCACCUUGAGGAAGAAACUGGUGCUGCUGCCCCAUCAGGAGUCCAACUAAGAUCUCUACAACUUUGACAAGCACCCUAAACCUUAUUUCUCAAGAAGGGGAAUGGUUUCUUUAGAUAACUUUUGUGUCAUUAUUUUUUAAAGUUUGUAUUGUGUCAACAUUGACUUUUACCAAGUAUGUUUAUAAUGUUAUAAUAAUUGUAAUUCUCUAAAAAGCAAAUGGUAUUUUUGUACCUUUAUGGAAAGAAUAUUUAUUACUGCUGGAACUCUGGGAUAUAAAAAC